UGAAUUUCGGCACGACUGGCGAAGAAGUUUGCGACUCUGCAACAGCUGCAAGAACCACCAGCUCGCCGCUACAACAGAGAUACCUCAAGCCGCACUCUCUCGCGCCCUGAGAAUCUCCUGUCCCACACACCGCCAAAAUGGUCAAGACUUCCGUCCUCAACGAUGCGCUCAAUGCCAUCAACAACGCCGAGAAGACCGGCAAGCGCCAGGUCAUGAUCCGCCCAUCUUCCAAGGUCAUCGUUAAGUUCCUGCAGGUCAUGCAGAAGCACGGCUACAUUGGCGAGUUCGAGGAGGUUGACGACCACCGCAACGGCAAGAUCGUCAUCCAGCUCAACGGCCGUCUCAACAAGACCGGUGUCAUCUCCCCACGCUACAACGUCCAGCUCACCGACCUGGAGAAGUGGGUCGUCAGACUCCUUCCAUCGCGUCAAUUCGGCUACAUCGUCCUGACUACCUCCGCCGGUAUCAUGGACCACGAGGAGGCUAGGAGAAAGCACGUUGCUGGCAAGAUCAUUGGCUUCUUCUACUAGAUAGUAGAUGGGAUGAUGACCUGUCCGGCAGUCGCAUGAAAGCGUCACGAUGGCAUGAUUCCGCAGCGGCGCACUAGAUUGUAGCUGCACGAAUAAAAGUUGCCUCUGCUUGCAUUUCACAGCACCUUUCUGGUUUCUCCUUUGGUGUUUUAUCGUACCUGUUGAGCAGUGACAGAAAACUGACACGCCUUGAACCUACAAAGUCUGGCAAGUGGCUUAUUCCAUUGGGCAGACCACAGGAUCAUCCCUUUAAGAAUGUACCGAUGCUAGGGGACAUGAUCUCAACGACGAGCUCCGGUAGGUAGAUGUGACCCUUGUGAUGGUCCUACGGAGUUCAGCGUACGAAAGUCGUUUAUGAAUCGGUGGGGUGC